UGAGAGCGGAGCAAAGCGCAAGUGCCCGGAUGUUAGCUGUCCAGAGAAAGACGAACGGGAAAGACACGGGAGAGGCGGAGGGGAGACACGGACACACCGGUAGAGGGACAGCUAGCCUCUAACCUGCGGUCAAACCUACACAGCUCAGUCACUUUUUAACCAAGAAAGAGUAAGCUUUAUUUUUAAACCGAAAAGGAACCGGAGGGGACAGUUAACUUUGACUAACCUGGACUGCUUUGCUCAACAGGACAGCCGUGUCUGAAAUCCCCGGUUUUGACCUGGAAUCUGCUGAGGCGCUUGGGCUCCAAGCUGAAGGAGCUUCCGCGCUUGCCCCCAAUUUUUGCCCAAUCUCCAUUUGCUCCAUCCACCAUGACCUCGGAGCUGGAGAGCAGUUUAACCUCCAUGGACUGGCUGCCACAGCUGACCAUGCGAGCAGCCAUCCAAAAAGCUGAUGCCCAGGGUGCCCAUGGGCCAGGCAUGGCUAAGAAGAGUGCCCUGCUGGACCCCAACACUACGCUGGACCAGGAGGAGGUUCAGCAGCACAAAGAUGGAAAGCCUCCAUACAGCUAUGCCAGCCUCAUCACAUUUGCCAUCAACAGCUCACCAAAAAAGAAAAUGACCCUGAGUGAAAUCUAUCAGUGGAUCUGUGACAAUUUCCCUUACUACAGGGAAGCAGGCAGUGGCUGGAAGAAUUCUAUACGGCACAAUCUUUCAUUGAACAAGUGUUUUCUCAAAGUGCCUCGGUCCAAAGAUGACCCAGGAAAGGGUUCGUACUGGGCAAUCGAUACAAAUCCAAAGGAGGACACGUUGCCCACCCGGCCCAAGAAGAGGCCACGGUCUGGAGAACGGGCGUCCACACCCUACAGUCUGGAGUCUGAUUCCCUGGGAAUGGACUGCAUCAUUUCUGGAAGUGCCUCUCCGACAUUGGCAAUCAACACUGUGACUAACAAGGUGGCGUUAUAUAACCCAGACCAAGAUGGGAGUGAUAGCCCUAGAAGCAGCCUUAAUAACAGCCUGUCUGACCAGAGCCUGGCCUCAGUCAAUCUGAACAGUGUGGGCAGUGUGCACAGCUACACCCCGGUAACAAGUCACCCAGAGCCAGUGUCCCAGUCUAUGAGCCUGCAGCAGGCCCCCCAGCCCCAGUACAGCAUCCCUGAGCGAGACAAGCAGCUCCUCUUCUCUGACUUUGAAGAUCUCAGUGCCUCGUUCCGCAGCCUUUACAAGUCUGUAUUUGAACAGUCUUUCAGCCAACAGGGUCUGAUGGGGAUGCCAUCGGAGUCUUCCCAGCAAAGCCACACCUCUUGCUCCUACCAGCACUCCCCAAGCAGCGCCAUCAGUACCCACCCACACAGCAGUCAGAACAGUAUCACCAACUCCCAUCCCAACAGCAUCCCCAACAGCGGUGCGCAGGUGCCCCUGUCGCACCCGUCUCACUCUGCCCACAGUUCUCCCCACACACAGCACCUCUCUCAGCACGGGCCACACACUCACACCCAACAUGGCCAGCACCCACACUCAGCACACACUCAACACCAGGCUCACACUCAACACACCCAGCACUCACAGCACUCCCAACACGCACAGCACUCCCAACACGCACAGCACUCCCAACACACACAGCACUCCCAACAUACUCAACACUCACAGCAGCCCCAACAGCACCAGAAUCUCUCCCACCAGCCCCAUCCAGCCCAGCAACAGAUGCCCUGCAGCACUGGUUUACCCAGUGACUGGUAUCCCAAUCUGGAUGCACUGAAGGAAAGUUGUCGCAUUGCUAGCAGCUACAACUGGGCAGAUGUGGACCUCUCACCUUUUCAAGGAUUGAGAGAGAGCAUGAGACAGGCCGAGCUGAAUAACUGGUCUCUGGAGCCAACUCAGAUUGUGGACCUCUGUUCCUCCAUCAACCAGUUCUUUGCCCGCACUGGAGUCAUUCAGCCACAAGGGGCAGUGCAGCCACCCGUAUGCCAUGCUGCCAUGCAUCCCUCCAAGCCUAGCCAACACAUAAAUACAGGAAAUAUGUACAUGGACUCAAGACAGAGCAUGACCUCCAUGAUGGGUCCUCCAGGUUAUCCCCACAUGCCCCCCAUGAAUAGCACAGCCAACACCAUGACUGGUCAUCAUGCACAAAUGAACCAACAGCACAUGAUGUCUACUGGAAGCUUUCCAAUUCGCCGCAUGCCUGCUGAUGACAUCCAGGACGACUUUGACUGGGAUUCCAUUGUCUAGCCCCAUCCCUAUAUGAGAAAGGUGGUGCAGGAAAAAUAAGAGAGUCACUUGGAAGAAGAAAAGAGUGUGUAUGUGUGCGAGAGAGGGCUAGUCCCAAGAUAUCUGCAUGCCCCAAUGUGGGAAGCAGUUUGGAACAGGAUGCGCUUCAAAAUGUGCAGGUGUCGGUAAUAUGAGCUGAAAGAGACUCUUGUUGUCCUGGUGUUUUAGGAAAUUAAAACAAAAACAAACAAAAAGUAACUCUGAAGACAAUCACAUUUACUAGGAAAUGUUUAAGUGAUUGAUUUUAUACUUGUCCAAAGGACAAAACUCAUGUUCAUGUUAAAUAUAAAACCCCUUUUUUCAUCCCUUUCUCUGUGCUGCGAGAAACUCGACUCAGUCUCCUAACUCCCUUUCUCCAAGUCAGCUAUUUGGCCAAGCUCUUCCCUCCCCUUUUGUGUGUGGGAUUUUUUUAUUAUUAUUAUCAUUAUUAUAUUUUUUUUUUAUGAUUUUGUGUGAAAUGUUUAGCUUGUUCUUUCCCCAUCAUCUCUUGGUGCAGGCCUAAGCUGCCUUUUAGCUCUCAUUUGUGAUUCGAUUUCCCCUCUGAAAAUGCAGGCCACUUUUCAGACAGAAAAAGUGUUUCUCUGCUCACUCUAUCUGCACAGUGCCGCAAGUUCUCUAGGUCUCUCUGAACUUCGGUGCUCUACAUAUCACCUGAGCCUUUACUGUAACUUGUACAAACUUCGCCAAGCAUCCAGAUCAGAUCUCUGUGCUAGCGAAUGAUUAUCUGUUGUCUUUUUUAAUGAUCGGUGUGGGUCAUAAAAUGUAUGUAAAGUUAACUCCAUACCUGCAGUAUUCAUGCUUGUGUAUCUUUGCUGUUUGCAAUGUAUCAUACUCCUGUCACUUUUUUAACAGUGUGAAAUGGUGCAUUUGGAACUGACGUUGAUUCAGACCUCACUUUUUAUUAAUCUCCUGUUCAUUUUCAUGUCACCAUAACUUUACUAUCUGCAUGUACAGUUGGUUUUCGUUGGAUUCUCACCAAUUCCUUUAGAGACUGUGCAGCUAUGGCUGAUUUUAUUCAUAGCCUACUCCAGAUUUCAUGUAGUGUUUAGUAGAAAUGGUGUGAGAAAAAUGGUGCAGAUAUUUUGCAAGGCAGCAAAUAAAGCAGGGAGCAUGCUGGUCCUCUAGGUUUUAUACCCUUAGACGUGCAGAAAGAGUACUUGUUUUGGAGCACGAACUGUGGACACUGAAGACACUGCAAACUGUUUAAAAAAAAAGGACUUUGAUAUCCAUUCAUUCAUGAGGAAGCUAUUACAUAAGUCACUGAUGAAAAUUCACUCACUCCAUAGCUAGAAGUCACCGGAGUAAAGCAGAGGUAUCUAAGGAUUUAAACCUAUAACCAAACUACUGUAAGGUAUUCUAGUUAUACCAUGAGCAAUUAGCAGAUAUUGUGCAAUAUUGUUAAUUAGGGCUAUAGAUUAUGAUUACAAUCUUUUCUAUCAGUGAGCACAAAUGUUGCUGGCCAAAAGUCAGAUCUAGAGGCACAUUUGGGUUUUCACUAUAAAAGUCAGAUCACCAAGCACUUAAUUAAUUAAUUACUGAGCAGCCAUGAAUUCAGUGAUUGUACAGUAGGAGAAGUGUCACAUGUUAUAAAAAUCAUUUAUGUGACUGAGUGAACCAGUGGGGUUGGAAACCUAGCUGAGUUUCCUGUAGUCUUUCCUUCAGUACCUAUGCUCUCUUAAUUUGAUCUUGAAUUACACAUUAGUAUUAUAUAUUGUGACAAUUUAUCAUGAGUAUGAUCUAUAGACAAUCAUUAUUUGUAUUUCAGUAUUACAGAAUCUACAGAUUAUUGAUUCUCUUAUGCCACUUUUGUUGUAAUACACACGUGUGCACACAUACAUACAGCACAUACAUACAUACAGCACAUACAUGCAUACAGCACAUACAUACAUACAUACAUACAUACAUACAUACACACAUACAUAUACACCCACAUCCACACCCAUGUGUGCAAAACAAUACUUUCAAUCAUCUCUUCAUGUUGCUUACUAUCAAUCUGAGCUGCAAUAUUUUCAGGGCCAUUAGAUUCUGUGCUUUUUUGUAUGAACGAGGCUGGUUACAUGCUCCUCAAAACUGCACCUAAAGAUGCCACAGUAGAGACCACACACUGUCACCACUCUUUCUCAUUUUCUUUUUUUUUUUUCUUCUUUUUUUUUCCUUUCCAAAGACCUCCAUAUGUAUUUGAUUACAUACUGAAGCCCAUUUUACUCAUGCACUUUUAUGUGGGAAUACAUUGCCAAUUAGUCAGGAAAUGAAUAUUUAAUCUGGAAAAUACAUUUUCUGGGUAAUUAUUAAGAUUAAUUAUAAAUUAAGUUUAAUAUAUUAAUUUUAAAGGCAUCACCUUAAAAAAAACAGUUAUCACACAACACAGGGAAGCAGCAACAGAAAGAAAAUCCGAUCAAUGAAAAAAAUUGACAUUUUGCAAAAUAUACAAUUUUUAUAGUAACCUUUAACUGAUCAUCCAGACCUGUGCAUUCAAAACCAUUGUUGUAUUUUGUCUCUAUAGUUUGUGUUGUAAGUCAGUGAGACUUUUUAUUUUGUGUAACUGAAUGUUAGACCUCCCAUGACCCAUUUUUUUAUAAAGCCUAGAAAGUGCUUUUAACUGCUUGUCAUUUGUGCACUUGGAAAAUAAGCAGAUUUUGGAAGCACAACUGCAUCUGUUGUACAUGUCAAAAUAUGCUGAGUGUAAAUCUGGCAUAGACCUUUGCCCACAAAACAUUUUCAUUUGGCACCUAAUUUGGGUAUUCUUUUCCUGAGAUGCUGCCCAAAAACAAGACUGUUUGGAAUUACAUUACAGGUACUAUGACUAUGUAUAUGAACAUCAUAGCCUUGGUUAUGAUGUAUGGCAAAGGCUUAAAGCUAUGUUCUUCAUAGUUGUAGUGAAAAGAACGUAUGAGCGCUGAGCUGACAGUGUUUGUAUACAACUAAUCAAGUAGUGCUUACAAAAUAGUUGCUCCCUGUGUGUGUGUUGUGUGAAAGAUUCUCAUUUUAGUAAACACAUGGAAAUGCACCUGCCAGAGAGAUUAUUAUAAAAGUGGACUGAAUGAGAAGCCUAGUUACACUUAAGGGAGUAAACUGCCAACAACAUAUGGUAUUUGAGGCCUAUUUUAUUAAUUGUUAGUGUGGUGUUGUGCUUGUUGUAAAUAUGUGUCUCUUCAAUUGUCCUUUUUCCUCUGGGGGGUGGGGGUGGGGGUAUUUGAGGCAAGGGCUUGGGUUCACCUACAAAAGAAAAGUGAGAAACAUAGAGUAUUUUGUUAUUGUCCAAUCCAAGGGUGAUUACAAUAUGUAUAUAUCUAUAUUGUAUAUAUGUGCGUUGGCUUUUUGUGUGACACUACCUUUUUCCUGUACAAUGAUUGAACAUUGUGUUAAUGUUUAUGUAUUUUAAUCUUUGUUUUCUGUUUGCUUUGUCUGUCAUUGCUUGUAUUUUUUCCCCUUUGUUAUUGCACGAUUUCUUACUUUUGCUGUCCAACAAAAUGACACAGCUACUCCUUGUAUCGGUUUAGUGCUGUAACAUAACUCCAUGUAAAAUGUCAUUAGGAUUGUCAGUACAACCCCCCUGACCCCCAGAUAUGCAUGAAUGGAAUUUAAAGAAAUAAAGUAUGUUAACUUCACUGUGGAA